CAAAGAAGACCUGGUUGGUUCAUAUAUGUGCUUUACUUGUGCUAGCAAAAGACUUCACCACCAGAAAUGAAGGAGAAUUUUCUGGUUUUUGUCUUGCUCUAGCUACAACAAAAUCCCAAGUUUGGUGUUUGUGUUUUGUUGUUUUGUUUAUAAAAUAAACAAGUAAAUCUUCUGCUUUUGUGUGGUGAGCACCAAGAACAAGGGAUAAGAGAGAAAGAAACAAGGGAGUCAUUUGGAAGGAAGAGAAAGAAAGACAAAAAGUUGUUUUUAUUUUGAAUAAAAGAUCUCUCUUUUUUUUUAUCUUUUUUUUCCCUUCUUCAAUGUCAAAUAUCACAGCAGGUGAUGGAGGGAGCCUCUCAUCAGGCAAUACUGCUGGAGAAGUUCAACAAGAGCAAGUAAAUCACUUUCAUGGCUCAAACUCUUUGCUUUCAACUAACAGCAAUGGCUCCAACACUCCACAGGAUCACCAGCCUCCACCAGCUAAGAAGAAAAGAAACCUUCCAGGAACUCCUGAUCCCAAUGCAGAAGUCAUUGCUCUAUCACCAAGGACCCUUUUGGCCACAAACCGUUUUGUGUGUGAAAUUUGCAGCAAAGGGUUCCAGAGGGACCAAAACCUUCAACUCCACCGUCGAGGCCAUAAUCUGCCAUGGAAACUCAGGCAAAGAACAAGCACUGAAAUCCGGAAAAGGGUCUAUGUCUGCCCUGAACCUUCAUGCGUGCACCAUAACCCGAGUCGUGCUCUAGGCGAUCUUACAGGGAUCAAGAAGCAUUUUUGUCGAAAACAUGGAGAGAAAAAGUGGAAAUGUGAUAAGUGCUCCAAGAAAUAUGCUGUGAAAUCUGAUUGGAAAGCUCAUUCAAAGACCUGUGGCACUAAGGAAUACAAAUGUGACUGUGGCACCAUUUUCUCCAGAAGAGACAGUUUCAUUACCCACAGAGCUUUCUGUGAUGCCCUAACUGAAGAAAACAAAAAAGCAAGCCAAGGCCUUGUAGCCAACUUGGGUUCAAACUUACAAGGCCAAGUCCCUGAUCAGCUCAUUCCUGCAAUUCCCAUCAACGACAAUCUCAACACAUCUUCCAUGAAUGUUUCUGAUCCAUUCAGCCAUGACACCAAAAGCCCUUUACAGCCCUUAAGCAUGGCAGGAAGCAUGUUUUCCAUUAGUCCUGGAAACCUGUUUGCUGGAGCAAAAACUCAUGUUUCAAAUUAUUCCUCCUCUUGCCUGCAACUGAAUGCGAAUUCGUCGACAUUGUUCGAAGGAAAUGGACACCUGUUUUCUGGAUCAGCCUCCAUGUCUGCCACUGCAUUAUUACAGAAAGCAGCUCAAAUGGGUGCAGCUGCUAGUACUGGUAGCCUGAACUCUCCCUUGAUGGGGAAAAGUUUCACUACAACUAUGGCACCAACACCAUCUUUUGUUUCAAUGCAAACUCAGAAUAAUCAAUCAGAAAUACUAGGAGGUGAUGCGGGAUUCACCAACCAGUUCAUGCAGAAAAGCCAACAAGAAAUACAGUCAGAGCUUUUCAAUGCAAAUACGGGGGUUGAUCAAAGUUCAGCUGUGAACAAUAUGCGGAUGUUUUCAGGGGAUUUUGAUAAAAACAAUGCAUUGUUGAAAAGUUUAGAGAACGACCAGCCUGGUGCAAGUUCAAAUUCAGGGUUGAGUACCCCAAGAACUACUGGUUUAUCAGCCUUCAGUGGGGAUACGAUGACCGUUGAUUUCUUGGGGAUUGGAGGAUCAAGGUCCAGGAGUCUGCUUGAAAAACAGCACCAUCAUCGCCAACAGCAAGAUUUAGAUCAGUUUCGAGGAAUUGAGCAGGCAAGACUGCAAGGCUUGAGCCAUUAUCAGCAAUAUGCAGCCUUGGAGAAACCAAUGUGGAAAGUUUAAAAUUAAAGUAGCUAGCUAGCUUCAAAUAGAACUCCGUUGCUAUAUUACUUCCUGCGUAACUUUUCCUUUUCCUUUUCCCUCUCUUCAUUUUGAAGUAUAUUUAUAUUCUUGUAGCCAUGGAUUAAUAUUUAAGAAAAUCAAAAUGGUCUUGUUAAAGAGCAAGGCAUUGAGCAUUUUGGCUAAAUUCAAGAAACUUAGGCCUCUGAACAAUUAGUAGAGCAAUGCAUACGAACUUCCGCCAUUCGCAUGCAUGAUUUGCAUUAAUUAUUUCCCAAAGAGAUUGGUCGAA